CAUGUACGGAUGGAGGAUAGUUACGAGCUUCUACAACCGUACACAAGUUCGAUAAGUCAUUUGUUUUACUCUUUUUAUUUUUUAGGUUUGGUGUUCAAUUCGACUAUAAUUGGUGGAAAUGUAUCUUACCAAAAUCACCUUUCUCAGUUCCUGACGCCUGCUGUUGGAUUGAACCCUCAGUGGCUGCUGUGUUACCGUGCUUCCAUUCACGGCUGGGCUGACAGUACCUUUCACAGCAGGUGUGAUGGGAAAAAUCACACGGUUACCCUCAUCAAAAAUGGACAGUACGUGUUUGGAGGAUACACCGACAUUCCUUGGGAUAAUAACAGUGCCUGGAGUUAUACUUCCAAUGCGUUCAUCUUUUCACUUCGCAACAAAGAAGAUCUUGAACCGUUCAAGAGCAUGGUGACGAGUUCAGUGUAUGCAAUUUACAGGGGCUCAGGUCAUGGUCCAACAUUUGGUGCAGGGUAUGACAUCUACAUUGCUGACAAUGCCAACAGUAACACUGACUCCUACACAAACUUUGGUCACUCUUACUCUGUUCCAAGUAGAGUACAAGACCCGCACACAAUCCUGGCUGGGACUAACAAAUUCACACCUGAUGAAGUGGAAGUGUUUUAUCUUGGUUGAUUUACCCUAACAUCCCUUCAUUCACGUUCUCAACUAAUUUAUACUCACUAGUGAACAAGACUUAAACUUGUUGACAGUUAUUUAUUUGGUCUUUCAUUGAUUUAUUUUCUCUUACAAGUAUCUGCAUCUAACUAAUUUUGAUCUCAGUUUUGGUUUCUUCUUCUUCUUCUUCUUUUUUUUUUUUUUCACUGUUGUUGUUGUUGUUGUUG